AUGGGGGGAAGAAAUCAUGAAGAAGCCUUUGAAUUGUUCAGCUGGAAUGCUUUCCAUAGAAAGCAGGUUGAUCCUGGUUAUCUGGACAUUUCAAAGAGAGUAUUGCAACAUUCUAAUGGCCUACCAUUAUCUCUGGAAAUAAUAGGCUCUGAUUUAUAUGGUAAGACAGAGUUGGAAUGGAAGUCAGCAUUAGAUACUUAUGAAAGAAUUCCUCAUGAAGAUAUUCAACAAAUCCUAAGAGUUAGCUAUGAUGGCUUAAAGGAAUUUGAAAAGGAAAUAUUUUUAGACAUUGCUUGUUUCUUUAAAGGAUACUGUCUGCAUGAUGUCAUAAGCAUACUACAUAGUGGUCGUGGCUCUGCCCCAGACUAUGCUAUCCAGGUGUUGGUUGAUAAAUGUCUAAUAAUAAUUAAUCGACAUUGUGUGAGAAUGCAUGAUUUGAUUGAAGAUAUGGGUAGAGAAAUUGUAAGGCUUGAAUCACCCUCAAAACCAGGUGAACGCAGUAGAUUAUGGUUCUCUAAAGAUAUUCUUCGUGUUUUCAAACAGAACAAGGGAUCUGAUAAAACUGAGAUCAUCAUGCUACACUUGCCUAAAGUUAAAGAAGUGCAAUGGGAUGGAAUCGCAUUGGAGAAUAUGGAAAACUUCAAAAUAUUGGUGGUAGAAAAUAUUCACUUUUCUAGAGGACCUAGUGCUCUCCCAAAAAGUUUAAGAGUGCUAAAAUGGAGCCUAUAUCCUGAACCAUCCUUGCCUACUAAUUUUGAUCCAAAGAAACUUGUCAUAUUGGACAUGCCUAUGAGUUCCUUUACAUUCAAGAAUCAACUGAACAUGGUAUUAUUAGUAGCUAACAAUCUUGGGUUCUUGAUUGGUUGCCAAUUACUAAAAGAAAUACCCGACAUGUCUGGAGCACCAAAUUUGAAGAAAUUGCAUCUUGUUAAUUGCAAAAAUUUAGUUGAAGUUCAUGAUUCUGUUGGAUUCCUUGAUAAACUGGAAUAUUUGAAUCUUGAUGAUUGCAGCAGUCUUAGGAUUCUUCCCUAUGGCAUGAACUUAACUUCUCUUAAGAACAUGUACCUUAUGAAUUGCACAAGUCUGAGGAGUUUUCCAAAAAUUUUAGGGAAGAUGGAAAACAUAGAUUCACUUUAUUUGAGUGGUAGUGACAUAAGUGGCUUGCCUUUUUCAAUUGAAAAUCUAGUUGGACUCAAAUUCCUGGGUCUCAAUGGAUGCAGAUGGCUACUUGAACUACCAAGUAGUAUUUUUAAGCUGCCACUACUUAAGAUGUUGGGUGCUGACUUUUGUGAGCGGCUUGCUCGAGUUCAGAAUGGGGAAGGUCAAGGUCAAGUAACAAUGUCUUCAAGUGUGGACUAUGUUAAUUUUAAUCAUUGUUAUCAUUUGACAGAUCAAUUUCUUUGCACAGUUCUUCCUUGGUUGCACAAUGUAACAUAUCUAUCCCUUAGUUAUAGUAAUAUCACAAUCCUUCCAUCAUCCAUCAGUGUCUGUGUCUCCUUAAAAACACUUUAUUUGAAUGGAUGCAAGGAGCUUCGAGAAAUCAAAGGCCUUCCACCAAACAUAAAAAAUCUUUCAGCUAUCAAUUGCACAUCUUUAUCUUCUGAGUCUAAUGAAAUGUUACUGAAUGAGAGACUACACGAGAAUGGGGGC